AUGCUACUCUGCCUCCCGACGUCCCACCGCCUGGCUCGCUUCGUCAGACUUUCCAGUAAUUACCGAAACGCCCUCCCCACGAAACACAGUCUCCUCCAAGCGCACCGCGGUCUUGCCACGGCUACAGUGAGGACCCACACCUUGAACACUGGCGCCAAGAUCCCGGCGAUCGGCUUCGGCACAUUCCAAGAUGCCGAUGCGCAAGAAGCAGCUGUCUGUACUGCUCUGAAGACGGGGUAUCGCCAUAUUGAUACUGCCAGAGUGUAUGACACCGAGAUCCAAGUGGGAAAAGGCAUCAAGCGGAGCCAAGUGCUUCGAGAGGAGAUCUUCCUGACGACGAAACUCUGGUGCAACUCCCAUCAUCCAGAUGACGUGGAAAGCGCGCUCGACGCUUCACUCAAAGACCUAGACACGCCAUACGUCGAUUUGUUCAUGAUGCAUUAUCCGUCCACCUUCGCUCGUGGAGAGGACCGCUUUCCAAUGGACAAGGAGACGGGGGAGAUGCUGCUGGGAGAAACGACGUAUGUGGAUACAUGGAAGGCGAUGGAGAAGCUCCUCGGAACGGGGAAGGUGAAGGCUAUUGGAGUGUCAAAUUUUAGCAAAGGGGAGAUUGAGACGUUGAUCCGAGAAGGGAGCGUUGUCCCAGCCGUUCACCAAAUGGAGGUACACCCGUAUCUGCAGUCAAAAGACUUCAACGCCUGGCUUCGGUCGAAAGGCAUCCAUGUGACUCAAUUCAGUCCGCUGGGGAACAUGAAUUCCUUCUACAGGGAGAUAUCAUGGAGCAAGACGGAGUCACACAUGCAGCGAAUAAUCGACCAUCCGGUACUGCAAGAGCUUGGUGCAAAAUACCAGAAGAGCCCUGUGCAGAUGGCACUGGCGUGGGGUGUCAACUGCGGUCGCUCGGUUAUCCCGAAGAGCGUUAUUGAAUGGCAGAUCAAACAGAAUCUGGAGUCUGACUUUCUUAUCGAGCCUGCUGACAUGGACAAGAUUGCUGGGAUGGAUCUGAAGGUCAGAUUCAAUGACCCCAGCGAGUUACAUCGAUGGGACUUCUACAGCGACCUGGAGGGGAAGUAA